AUGUGUAUGAUUACAUUUUGUUUAGUGUGAAAUUUGAGAGCCAAUAUAUUGAUUAUGAUACACAGAGUAGUCUUCCUACUGUGGCUACAAUGGUCACUCCAGUAAUCUUACAAACAUCGAAACCAUCGAAUUGUCAAUGCGUGCCAAAACACAUGUGUAUCGACAACAACUCUGGUGCCAAUAUCAAAGACCUCGUGGACAUUCGGGUACUGGAUGUGAAAUGUGAGAACCAAAGUGAAAUCUGCUGCCUUUCUUUGCGACGACGACCUAUGCACAAGGUGCUGCUUGAACUAAAGGACGAAUCAGAAGAACCUGCUUCAGCUGAAAUCUACGAACCUCCAGUCUUCGACUCCUGCGGUCACGAAAUCGCAUUAACUGAAAGAAUUGUUGGCGGGAAAAUGGUAACAAUAGGAGAAUUACCUUGGACCACAGCUAUCCUGUUCAAGGAUCAAAAAUACUGGAAAUUUUCAUGUGCAGGUUCCAUAAUCCAUCCCCAAGUUGUAUUAACAGCAGGUCAUUGCGUAUAUCAAUACACAAUUGAGGGAUUGAGAGUGAGAGCAGGAGACAUAGAUAACGAUGCAGAUUUCGAACCUUACCCACAUCAAGAUAGUGUGAUAAUUGAAAAAAUAGUGCAUCAGCAUUUUAACCCACGGACUCUGAAGAACGACAUCGCACUGUUGUUCCUGAAAAGUCCAUUUCAAAUAGCUCCCAACGUAAAAAUCAUCUGCUUACCUUCAGGUAACGUUUCCUCAAGAAUUCAGCCAUUUUGCGAAUCUGGUGGUUACGGUGUGGAUGCAAUAGAAAAACCCUUCACAGGAAAGCAGUUGAAGAAGAACAACAUCCCAUUAGUGUCAAGAACUGAGUGCGUUUAUAAACUGAGGAGUACUAGACUUGGAGGCUACUUCAAUCUACACAGAAGCUUCAUUUGUGCUGGUGGUAGUGAACGUUAUGACACCUGCAGCGGUGAUGGAGGUGGAGCUUUGGUUUGUCCCAUGAAAAAUCAACCAAAUCGGUUCAUUCAAGUGGGAAUUGUCUCGUGGGGAGUAGGAUGUGGACGAGGAAUUCCAGGGGUAUAUGCUAAUGUAAAUUACUUCAUGAAAUGGAUAGAUGAUCACAUGAAAACGAGGAAUUUGGAUACAAGUUUGAAUAAAUAUAAAUGAGAGUAA